GGUUGUCUUGUCCCCAUUGCAACAAUGUCGAGUGCAUUGUCGUUGUGAGAAGAAAGGCAAACAGAAAUUCCGUUCCCACUGUUUUGCUCAAAUGGCCGCCGCAGACACCACGGCCUUGGGUGGAGGGGUCACCGCUGCCCCCCUCCGCCUCGUCCGAGACGUCGUUCGGAUCUCCAUCGCCGGAUUCUCGGGUUUUUUCAAGAAGGACUGUACGGACCUGGCGAGAAGAGUGUCCCUUUUAGCUCAUUUGCUUGAGGAGAUCAGAGACUCCAAGAAAAUUCGAGUAAAUUCUGAAGUGGGCUCGUCUUCAUUCUCCGGUUCCUUCUUCGCUGAUCUAACUCUAGCCCUUCAGGCUGCAAAAAGACUCGUGUUUGCUGCUAACAAUUUUGAUAGUGCCAAGUUUUCUUCUGAUGGGGCGACAAAGAAAAUUCUUUUUCAAUUUCAAUGUGUGACAUGGAAAUUGGAGAAAGCACUGUCUAACUUCCCUUAUGAUGAGUUUGAUAUAUCAGAAGAAGUACAAGAACAGAUUGAAUUAGUCCGGGCUCAGUUGAGACGUGCCACUGAAAGAUAUGGUGGGCCUCUGAAUUCAGGCGUAUUAUAUAGGGCAUUAUCUCAGCCACUGGACAAAGAGAUUGAUCCAUUUCAGCAAAGCAACAGGUUAAUGGGAGGCCUGCAUGUAGAAAAUAUUGGCAACAUUGAUCAUGAAGUUACAAAGAAAGUGGAAUGUCUAGCAGAAGGCUGUAGGUCAGUCGACCAUGCUUCAGACGAUGUCCAGAACCAAGAAAGUGAAAGGAACUCACCCACAUCAUCUGAGGUUAGUGUCUCAAAGGAUUCUGAUAGUGAGAAGAUCAAUAGCCCAUCCUGCAAAACUCAAGAGGAGAACAAGAAGCCAGAUUCUCUUGUAAUUCCUGAUGAUUUUCUUUGCCCUAUAUCUCUUGAACUCAUGAGGGAUCCAGUUAUAGUGGCCACAGGCCAGACCUACGAGAGAUCUUAUAUACAGAGAUGGAUAGAUUGUGGCAACACGACAUGCCCAAAAACUCAGCAGAAGCUCCAGCAUCUCACUCUUACUACAAAUUACGUUUUGAGAAGUUUAAUAUCUCACUGGUGUGUGAAAAAUAAUGUAGAGCAGCCAACAGCACUAAUGAAUGGGAGGAUAAAAAAGAGUGAUGGCUCGUUUCGUGAUGUCACAGGGGAUAUAGCAGCUAUUGAAGCUCUUGUUCGUAAACUCUCAAGCAGGUCCAUCGAGGAACGUAGGGCUGCAGUUGCGGAAAUACGGUCACUGUCAAAAAGAAGUACAGAUAACAGAAUUUUGCUUGGAGAGGCAGGAGCUAUCCCAAUCCUAGUUAAUCUUUUGACAUCUGAUGACGGUCAAAUUCAAGACAAUGCAGUAACUUCCAUUCUCAAUCUUUCCAUCUUGGACGAUAACAAGGGACUCAUUAUGCUUGCCAAUGCAAUUCCUUCCAUUGUUCAAGUCCUCAGAGCUGGAAGCAUGGAAGCAAAAGAGAAUGCUGCAGCAACCCUCUUUUGCUUGUCCCUUGCAGAUGAAAACAAAAUAAUAAUUGGUGCAUCAGGGGCCAUACCUGCUUUGGUGGAUUUACUUCAGAAUGGGAGCUCAAGAGGGAAGAAAGAUGCUGCAACGGCAUUAUUCAAUCUGUGUAUAUAUCAGGGAAACAAGGGAAGAGCUGUUAGGGCCGGCAUUAUUACUGCACUGUUAAAAAUGCUUACUGAUUCAAGCAGUUGUAUGGUUGACGAAGCUCUGACCAUACUCUCAGUUCUUGCAAGCCAUCAAGAGGCAAAGUUGGCCAUCAUGAACGGCAGCACGAUACCUGUCUUGGUAGAUCUUCUGCGGACAGGUUUGCCUCGAAACAAAGAGAAUGCAGCUGCCACUUUACUUUCCUUGUGCAGAAGAGAUAACGAAAAUAUUGCUCGCUUAACUAGACUUGGAGCAGCAAUACCUCUUUCAGAACUUGCGAAAACCGGCACAGAGAGAGCCAAGAGGAAGGCUACAUCAUUAUUGGAACAACUCCGUAAAUCUCAACACCUCUGAUUUAGUAGUUGUCUCUUCCGUGGAUUCUUUUUUAUCUGACAGUUGAUAUUACACGAAUUUUACAGUGUGCAAAAUUGAGGAUCAAAGCGUGAGCAAAAAAGGAAAAACUUCUCAUCGCUUUCAUUGUAUUUAAUUUACUCUAUUCUUGAGUGGCAAAAAUCUAUUUGAUAAUUUUACUCUGUAAUUCAUGCCCACAAAGGCUGCUUACUUUCUUGAUGCUUGUCUGAAAACAAAGGGUCAAGUCUGUGUAAGGAGAAGGGAUGUUUUGACCUUGAUAUAAUAAAACUCAUUUUGUAUUCCAUGUGAA